AUGUUCAAUCUAUCCCGAGCGGUGAGCCAAGGAGCACGUAUUAGUGGCCGUUUCGGCUUCAGUACCGCCCGUAUGGCAGCGGCAAAGGAUAACACCCUCACCAUUAAACCCAAGGACGCUAGUCUCGACGUGGCAGAGCUGUCUGGAGCGCCUGCAGAUUUGGUCGAGAACCGAGUAGCCCGUAUCUACCAGGAAGCUCCCUACGCUACCCAGUCUGGCAUUCACAACACCCAGGGCUGGCGCAUUGACUUUGAUAUUGUCGACAGAGCCAAUCGCUGGGAAGACCACACCAUCGGAUACGCUUCCAGCGGUGAUUACAUGCAGAGCCUGACCAUGAAGUUCCGCUCCAAGAACGACGCCGUCCGCUUCGCCACAAACCAGGGCUGGGACUUCUACAUCCAGAAGCCAAACAAGCGCAAGUUCGUUGUCAAGAGCUACGGUGACAAUUUCAUGCACUCAACCGGGCCCCUUAAACAUAUCCGUACAAAGUAG